CUUAAUUUUGGUUUAUCGAAGAUGGAAAGCCUAUUUGUUGUGCUUGUAAUGUUUGUUGUUGCUGCAUCAGUACCAUACUUGUGUGCUACAAUCACACCUGAUACAGCUCCUUGCUUCAAUGUUCUUCACUUUGGUGCCACCGGGAAUGGCCAAACUGAUGAUUCGCAAGCUUUUGCUAAUGCAUGGCAAGAAGCUUGCAAUGCAACUCAUGAUACCUCAACACUGAUCAUACCUAAAGGAAAAACAUUCAUGUUGCAACCUGUGAGUUUCCAAGGUCCUUGCAAGUCUGCUAGUGUUAUCAUCAAGCUGAAGGGCACCAUCACUGCGCCGAAGAGUGUUGAGUCUUGGAUCUGGCCCAAUCAUGAUUGGGGUGCAUGGGUCAGGUUCUCUAAAAUAAGUGGGCUAGUUAUUUAUGGGGGUGGACAAAUUGAUGGUCAAGGUGCUCCAUGGUGGGAUUGCUUUUCCAAUAACAAGUGUCACAGGCCAACUGCUCUGCAUUUUCAUGAUUGUGAAAAUCUAAUUCUUAGGCGAUUGACUCAUAUCAACAGCCCGAGAAAUCAUAUAAGCUUAAAUGCAUGCAGUGGCGCAUACAUCUCCAAACUUCACUUUAUUGCACCCGAGGAAAGCCCUAACACGGAUGCAAUAGAUAUAUCUGAAUCAUCCAAUAUCAAGAUUAAGGAUUCUAUCAUGGAAACUGGUGAUGACUGCAUUGCAAUUAAUCACGGUUGCAAAUCCAUCAGCAUCACUCGCGUUUUUUGUGGACCUGGCCACGGCAUCAGUGUUGGGAGCCUAGGAAGAAAUGGAGCUCAUGAAACAGUGGAAGAUAUAUAUGUGCGCAAUUGCACCUUCUUUCGAACAACAAAUGGAGCAAGAAUUAAGACAUGGAUGGGAGGACGUGGGUAUGCUAGGAAGAUCACUUUUCAAGAUAUAAUAGUUGUGGAAGCUAAAAAUCCUGUGAUCAUUGAUCAGGAGUACAACCCUCAAGAUAGUACAAAUGCAGUCAAAGUGAGUGAUGUUACUUUCCGCAAUGUGAGGGGAACAUCAAUGUCAAAACAUGCAGUCCAACUACAUUGUGACAAUAACAUAGGUUGCACCAACAUUAUACUAGAGGGUAUUAACAUAACAUCGGCUGCUGGAGAGGAAAUCUAUGCAUCAUGCAAAAAUGUAGAUGGGGUAUGCACUUCAUGUUUUCCACAUGUCCCAUGCCUUUCUGAAGAAGAGUGAUCAAGUAUAUAUAUAUACACACACGCACUAGUGUGUUUACCCGUGUGUUGUACGACGAGUUUUUGUUUUCGGAUUUUGACCCAUGAUGAUCGAUAUUGAAGAGGAAAUGGUUGCACAACAAUGAAGAUUAUACUUUUGUGAUUAAACUUUUGAAAUUG